AACAACAACAACAACAACAACAACAACAACAACAACAACAACAACAACAACAACAACAACAACAACAACAACAACAACAACAACAACAACAACAACAACAACAACAACAACAACAACAACAACAACAACAACAACAACAACAACAACAACAACAACAACAACAACAACAACAACAACAACAACAACAACAACAACAACAACAACAAUACUGCCUCAGCAAGCAGCUAAACCUUGAUCUCUCUGUAUCUGAUCCCCGCCAUCGUGAGAAUAAAAGAAUUCAAACAACAACAACAACAACAACAACAACAACAACAACAACAACAACAACAACAACAACAACAACAACAACAACAACAACAACAACAACAACAACAACAACAACAACAACAACAACAACAACAACAACAACAACAACAACAACAACAACAACAACAACAACAACAACAACAACAACAACAACAACAACAA